AUGGCGCCUUCUCCCUCCGCCUCCAACCCCUCAGUAGGCGAAUAUAUCCGCCACAUCCCCGCCACAGUCUGGGUAACUUUCAAAGCCCUGGUCUUCGGCGUCGUUGUUCUUAUGUGCAUCGGAGGCCUGCUCAUGCUGGCUGGCUUCUGCUUUGCGGCCAUGAGUGGGUUUCUGGGAGGAUUCUUUAGCGCGGCGAAGAAGCGAUGGACAGAGAAUAGGCGGAAGAAACAAAUGAAGAAGAGUUUCAGUGAGAUCACGCGUUGGAUGAAGAUCAUGGCUGAAGUAGCUCGAGAGAAAUCUUUACCACCAUCCAAAUCGUAUCGUAUCUCCAGCUCUUUGAGUACUACGACUGGUUCAUGUGAACCAUUUGAUUCACAAAGAUGCUUCCUCCUCAAACUCCCAGCAGAGCUACGGGUUCAUAUCCUAUUCCUCGUUUUGCCGACUCACGACUCAAGUACCUCAGCUAGCAAUACAUGGAUCUAUGGCUCCGUGGCCAUACUGCGCGUCAACCAUCAGCUUUACGAAGAAGGACUCCCCAUCAUGUACGGCUCUUCUACAAUGGAUAUUCAUAUUGGAAAUCAUUACGCUUCAUUUCGCCAUAAAUGGGCGUUCCCUGGCUGCCCAGCCAAAGCAUCCGUAGACAUGCCGUUGAGACAGUGCAAGUGGAAGCCAUUGGCGAAUUUGGUUCAAAACUGGCGGGUGACCAUCGACCAAGCGAAGGAACAGGAUUUGGUUACCUUCUACGCUAGGCACCGGUUCGAGAGGUUGGACUCCUUAGUCGAUAGGCUGAGACACAGUGUGGAUGAGUUUUAUGGUUUCUUGAGAGAUGUCAGGAGCGCACCAGGAUUCAGGGUAAACAGUAAGACGAAAGUCACCAUCGAACUUGCCGGAGGGAACAACAGCCCAGAACAGGCGAGGUGGAGGGAUUACGUUCUACAUCCCCUGGCAUGGUUGGCUCACGAGAAAAUCAUCGGCCUGGAAGUAGAAAGGGACUUAUCAGCACCAGACCAGCGAUACGAUGUGUCUACUUAUGUACAGCCUAGCACCAUUGGAUGCCCCACUUCCGAUGAUGUCUGGUUGGCCGGACAAUGGGACUCUCUUUGGCCCGUCCCCCUUGAAGACUCGUAUUGA